UCAACUUUUUGCGACGAGCUGCGGAGACGCGAUAGGUGAGCCCGACCCGGCCUGGGCGAUGCGAUAGGGAUCACGAGAUCAGCCCCCAAAUCAACUCUCACCCGCCUUUGUACCUCUCAUCCUAGAAUUAUCUCAAUUAUUCUGAAUGACCAUCCGAAGCCUGAGUGAAAUCGCAGUAAACCAGUCAUCAAAAUGGAAGACGAUACCUCGAUCCAACCAGGAGGCUUCCUCCAUUCCCUCCCCUCCCCUGCUCCAAGCAACAUCUCCACCACAUCCACAUCAUCCCUCCCUCAUCCAAGAGCUCGACCAUUGAGACCGGGUUCUGAAAAAGAAGACGCCACGCGAAGGUAUAUCGACAAUGUAUUAAUGAAAAUCGCACGACUCUACGCAAAGAAGUUUCUACCACCGGAAGGCGAUGAAUUGGUCGGAUACACAAGUAUGAGUGACGUAGCACGAGAUCUAAGCUCAGUAGUAGAUGUAUUAUGGAUAUCAGGAACUCGUAUGAUUACCCUACUCACUCUUCAUAAUCUCAAACUGACAAAGAAUGAGCGAGUUUACAAAUCCCAUAUCUUCUAAAUGUUGCAUUAAAAGUCACCGAAUACAUCACGGCAUUCGACCCUGCGCCCCCAGCAACAUUCAAACUUCUCAAAAAACUAGAUCACGCCUUUUCUAGUCUCAUGAAAGGAGAAGACAGCCUGACGGGCGAUCUUUUACCCGGAUUUGAGGGAGGAAGAAGCGCGGGUAUGACGAAAACAGAUAUGGUCCGUUGCAAAAGUCUAGUUGAAGCCACUAGAAUCCUAAUCGUGGAACAUAUGACCAAACCACCGGAACAGCCACAUCCUGAAAAUGAAGAGGAUGUGGUUAUGGAAAGCGAAACUGAUGCCGAAGGAAACAAAAGAUUUCCUGAGCCAGAUGAGCAAUUGGAGAUGGAUGUUGCAAGAGUUUAUGAGAUGAGUAUUGUGUGUUUGAAUGAGAAGCUGGAUUCGGGAGGCUUCACUAUUGGCGUUGCUAUAGGGUCAAGAUGACAAAUUUCGGUUCAUACAUUUUACGAAGGCGGAAGGCGUUUCGUGAAAGCGUUUUCCUAUAACGUGCUUGCAAUAUUAAUUUGGCGAUUGUACCCGAGUAUAGAGACCAUUGAAUAAAUAUUUCUUGGCUGGAUGUAGUCAUCAAGUCCCGACUUGUGGUUCAAUCCAAUUAUCCGGGAAAACGCAUAUUCUAC